UACAUGUGUGUGUGAGUGCGUGCUACGGCUGCUGCUUGUCACUCAUUGUGCCGUGAACACGGGUAGCGACAAGGACCAAAAUUCCGUCCGGUAGCAGUUGUUAUCCCUGGAAAGGCUGAUAUCUGUUUCCCCCCUCUGUAGAGACACCUCGCUUGUUUAAAGUGCGUCUGCUCUUCAAGGAGAAUAUCUGUGACACAUUACAAUGCUUCAAAUAAGGGACCUCAUCUGGGGAUUGCUGGUCAUUGGCUGUGCAGCCGCCAUCCAGGUGCAAAUCACUCCAACACAAGGAGAGAUCAGCGUAGGAGAGUCCAAGUUUUUCCUCUGCGAAGUGUUGGGAGAUGUGAAGGACAUAGACUGGUAUGCCCCCAGUGGCGAGAAGAUCCUCCCCAACAGGCCAGACAUUUUUGUGAACCGUGGCGAUGAAUCCAUGUCAACCCUCACCAUAUAUCACGCCAACGUGGAUAGCGCCGGUAUCUAUAAGUGUGUGGCAAAGAAUGGGGACAAGGAAGCCCAGGCCACAGUCCAAGUGAAGAUCUUCCAGAAGAUCACCUUUGAGAGUGCUCCAAGCCCACAGGAGUUCAAUGAAGGCGACGAUGCCGACAUAGUCUGUGAUGUGGUCAGUUCGCCGCCGCCCACCGUCAUUUGGAAGCACAAGGGCUCCAGGAUUCAAGUUGCCAAAGAUGUGCGAUUCAGGAUCAUAGAUAAUGACCACCUGCAGAUCCGCGGCAUCAAGAAGACAGAUGAGGGCAUGUACAACUGUGAGGCUCGUGUCAUGGCCAGGGGAGAAAUUGACUUCAGGAUGAUCAAGGUCAUUGUUAAUGUGCUUCCCACCAUCCGUGCCAGGCAGUCCGAAGUCAACGCCACAGCAGACAUCGGCACCUCUGCCUUGUUAGCCUGUGAUGCGGACGGCUUCCCUGAACCCUCUGUCACCUGGACACAUAACAACAUUGUCCUUGAAACGGGUGAUAAGUACAGCCUGAACGAGGAUGGUUCAGAAUUGGUAAUAAAAGAUGUCAAGAAAGUGGAUGAAGGAGAUUACACCUGCAUCGCCAAGAACAAGGCGGGAGAGAAAGCCGAGGAAGUCAGCCUGAACGUGUUCGUGCAACCCAAGAUUACUUACAUGAACAACCAGACUGCCUCAGAGUAUGACGAACAAGUCACCCUGACUUGUGAGGCAUCGGGCGACCCCACACCCACCAUCUCCUGGAGUUUCGCAAACAGGGUAUUCACCGAAGGAGAGCAGAGCCUUGAUAGAAACAUUGUGGUACGCAGCCAUGCACGAGUGUCCUCGCUCACCUUGAAAAACGUCCUGUUCACAUACGCCGGCCAGUACCUCUGCUCUGCCAGUAACUCCAUCGGCCAGGACGAGCAGCACAUUUACCUGGAAGUCCGCUAUGCUCCAAAGGUCCAGGGUCCAGUGGUGUGGUACUCGUGGGUAGGAAACCCAACCAACAUCACCUGCGAGGUGGAAGCUCACCCCAGAGCCUCAGUGGUUUGGUAUCGAGAGGGCAUCGAGCUGCCCUCUGCUAACGACACCUAUGUGAAGAUCUACAACACACCAACCAUCAGCUACUUGGAGGUUACCCCUCUUUCUCAGAGUGACUUUGGAAGCUACAACUGCACAGCAACCAAUGCGAUGGGCCGUGAGUCCAGGGAGUUCCUCUUGAUUGAAGCAGAGGUGCCGUCAUCACCAGAAGUUUUCCACGUGGAACCUUUCUCUAGCACCGCAGUGGUAAAGUUUACGGAGCCUGAUUCCUUGGGUGGAGUGCCCAUUAUCAAGUACAAAGUGGAAUGGCGUUUGCCUGGCCAGGAUUGGACUGGCAGUGAGCACAGCGCUAAGGAUGAAACUUCCAUGAUCACCAUUGCUGGCCUGAAGCCAGAGACCACCUACGAGGUCAAGAUGUCGGCCAUCAACGGCAAGGGCGAAGGCGAGAGCAGCGAUAGCAUCAUUUUCAAGACCGAACCAGUCCAGUAUUCUUUCACAAUUUCAUCCGAGAUCCCACCCCCUAUUGCUGCCACCAGUAUGGCCCGUAAAGGGGAACCCAGUGCCCCCAAACUAGAAGUCAUGAUGCAAGACAGGGGCAAUUCUCUUAAGGUCAACUGGAUCAAGCAGGACGAUGGCGGUUCCCCGAUUAAACACUACCUGGUCAGAUACAAGGCUAAGCAUGUAUCUGACUGGAAACCAGAGAUCCGCAUCCCCCAUAACAGUGAGUAUGUGACACUGAGUGGCCUGGACUGGAAUACAGAGUAUGAGGUCCACGUGGUGGCAGAGAAUCAGCAGGGCAAGUCGGAGCCUGGCAUCAUCUCCUUCAGAACAGCUACAGACCCAACUACCAUCCCAGAUGCUGUGGGCGGAGGCUCAGGCCUGGGCACCGGAGCCAUCGUAGGCAUCCUUAUUGUCGUCUUUUUCCUGCUGCUGGUGGGAGUGGACGUCACCUGCUACUUCCUCAACAAGUGUGGACUCCUCAUGUGCAUUGCUGUGAACUUCUGUGGGAAGGCCGGCCCGGGUGCUAAGGGCAAAGACAUUGAGGAGGGCAAGGCAGCAUUCACAAAAGAUGAGUCCAAGGAGCCUAUUGUUGAAGUGAGAACAGAGGAAGAAAACACCCCAAACCAAGGAGGGGGUCCAAAUGAGCCUAACGAGACCACGCCUUUGACAGAACCUGAGCCUGCUGCUGCAGACACCACCUCAACGGUGGUAAACUUGCUCCCCUCCACUGCCACUAACUCAGUUGCUGAGAGCUUUAGCACGGCACAGAGCAGUCCUGCUAGUGAGAGCACCACGCUAACCACCAGCGCCUCCAGCCCAACCAAAGCAGCCCCAAAAAAGAGCCCUGCUGCCCAGUCCAGUUCGCUAAAUGCUAACACCCAAUCUGAUGUUGGGCCCCUGGUCGACCUCAGCGACACCCCUAAAGUUCCCCCCUCCAACCCAGCACUCCCUGUCUCAGAGCCAGUCAGCCCGCCCUCUGCUAAUGCCGAUGGGCCACAGAGCCAGCGUGACCCAGUCAAAGCCCCUGACAGCACCCAGAGUAAGGACUUACAAGUAGACGGCCCGACCAAGGAGGCGCCCAAUGCCCUGUGCACAGACUCGUCCACACCAGCCCAAAAUGACGGUAAGACUGUGAAGGAGGAUAACACUAAAGGCGACACGGAGGUGAAGAACGCCACAGCUGAGGUGAAGACAGUUCCCAACGAGGCUCCCCAGACGAACGGCAAUGAAAGUAAAGCGUAAUCUCCUCACCCAAGAGUAACGGGAAGAAGAGGGUGGUUGGGUUAGGGAGGGUUGGUCGGGUGUGGGUUUUGAGGGUUCAAAGGGGGGUGGGGGGGGUCACAGUCACUGAAACCUCAAAGCAAUGUCACACACCACCCCAUUGCAUCAGAAAAAAACAACAAAAAAGCAACAUAAAAGGUAAAAAAAAAAAAAAAAAAAGAAUUCAUGGGUCUCUUUCUACAGUGUCUUCUGACCAGGAAAAUGUAAAGACCUCAUGCACAUGCCUUAGUUCCUUUUACGUCAGUUUCUAUUUGUUUAUUUGUCACAGAAAAAAAGGAAAAUUCAUACUUAUAGUUCACUCUCAACUGUUAAAUAAGGAAAAGAAUCUAUAUUAUUUUUCCUGUAGAUAACCAUGUUUGGACUGUAGCUUUACUUCACAGAUUACUGCCCUCAUGAUGUACACACAUGUAAGACUGGUACAUUACCAAUACUACUAUUCUUAAUGCAGUAUGGUCAGCAUCGUGGUAAUGGAUUAUGGGUCUUUCUUCUUUUGUCAAUAUUUUGUUGUGUUUAAAUAAUGUGCAGACGUUACUGCCUAUUUAGCUUUUUUAAUGUGUUAUUUCCAGGGCUAGAGAUUAGAACGUUAGCAUGCCUGUUUUGCAAAGUUACUGUAUUUCUGUACAUGUUGCUGUCAUUUCGUUACUCUUUAGGUGUUUUUUUUUUUCUUAAAUGUUGUCUCCAUAUGGUUCUGGUCUGGAAAUCAUUUAGCCUAAGCUAUGAGACACGGAAGAAGACACCAAGGACAGAUUUAUCAUGCUAUUAAAGUCAAGGUUCAGGGCUUUCAACCUUGUCUCUCUGACAAUUUGGUUUAUGUAUGGUAAAUGGUUUCACACAAUACAUUAUAAAAGAAACAUAACUGCCAAAUGAACGUUUUGUCUCUUGGCAUUUAUGUUUAUUAAAACGGUUUAUUAUAUUGGUACAAAUUGUUUCUUUUUAAAUGUAUUCGCUGUUGGAAAUUUGCCGUAUAUGAGCAUCAUUUUCAGGAGACAGGGUUGGGUUGGGUUUAGGAUAAGGGAAUGGUCAUGUUGAAGAUUAUUGCUGUGUUCCUUUUUGGGGCCACAUCCCUCAAACUCCUAUUUGCAGGACUACGUCAUAAUAGGUCCUUGGUUCCAGUAUACAGCAUGACAACAGCGUUGCUCCCACCCGUGGCGCUGAUCGACUAAUCGUUAGUCCCCCUGUGGUGCUCAUUAGGUCAAUUGUUAUUCAACCACGAAACCACUGUUAAAUGUUGUGCUGCCAGACAAACCAGUCAACUAUUUGAACUGGGUGGAUUCAAAGAUUUGGACCCAGGCCAUUUUUGUCUGUAUUUGAUUGAUUGAAAAAAAUAUUGAUGUGCCCUUUAGUCAUAGACAUCAUCAAAUCCACCAGUCAAUUGUUCAUACUGCUUUCAGUCCUUAUAACUCGCUAAGUCAGACAAUGAUCAGGCGACCAAAUAUAUACUAGUUGUAUUCUCAUGAUUGCUGGAAAUAUAUAAACUGGACCAAUGAAAAAGGAUACAGGAUGUAUAUAGUGGAAGCCAAGCCUUCAAGUUCACCUUUUCUUGAUGUCGUAAAAGUAAAAUAAGUUAUAUGGAUAGACUCACGAGUAACAUGGUACACUGAUUGCCAGUAAGCCAUUGUGUCUUGAGAUGAAAUGCUAGUUUGAAAGCAACUUCUUGCUGGUAAUUUUUUGACUUUAGGAGUUGAUGAGGACAAACCAGUAGGCGAUUUGAGGGGGGACAAGGGGAGACUCCAUUCCCGUUGUUGGCAAAAUGUCCAAAAUGCAUCCCUGCCAUUCCUCUCCAUCCCUCAGGUCCAGAACCAGAUGCUGUCUUAUCUGGACCCAGACCUGUAACCAAGUUAUUAUAAAUUUAUUGACAAUUAUUAAAUUUUGAGGAAGUUUCACGGGACAGCAUUUGUAGCACUGAUUUAGCAGACACAGACCGAUUGCAAACAUUAAAUAAUUUCACUUAAUGCUACUCCUCCUAUGAAAUUUGUGCAUUCCAAUAAGCAGUGCACCUCGAGUGAGUGAGAUAUACAUCCCCUGUUAAAAAAUACCAAAUCGCCUACUGGGACCACCCAUUGUUUCGGUUUGUGUGACAUGCCUUUUAGGAAGUAGAAGUGAUGAAUCCUCUGUCAACUUCCUUUCUGGCGCCUGCUCACCUCAAGUGCCACUCUUUAUAAACCAGGUUCUUUGAGGGAGUCGGCGCCUUCAUUUGGACACAGCUUAUGUGUAUGUUGUUUAUACUGCAGACUGGUUUUCUUUAGGUCAAUGUGCUCCUUUCACAUAUACACACCUCACCCUUUUCCAGAGCAUUUCGGACCAGUUCUUCACCUGACAGGUUUCCGGCGUAAUAGUGAGUCAAAAGGCCACAUGUGUUUUGUCAAAACAAUGUCAGUCAGCAGGUUUGAACUGAGAAGUAGACAUGUUUGUUUGAAGAAAACAAGCCCUUGCAGGCUUGUUGGCCAAACUCAUUGAAUUCUUGACACACCAAUUCUCUUCCUGCAAUUGGUCUUGAAUAUCACAUUUUGUUUUUUUCCCUCUGGGCUAUCCAUCUCUACCUUCUUCUCUGGUUCAUAGCCAUUGUUGCCUUCUCUGUGCUAACCGCUAUUGUUCUCUGCGUUUGUAUAACUGAUUGGCCUGAGGGCUCAGCUUGCUGAGGUUUCUGCACCAAACAUCUGUUUCUCUCAGCCAUCGUUUUCUCUCUUUCACCACAACUGUUGUCAACAUGAGUUUGUGUCAUCACUGCUUCCAGCAUCUUGCAGUCUUUAAUUAGUUUGUGCCUGCAGUGAUGUGACAUUUAUUGUAGGUUUAGUACAGUUUAUCACUUUAAUCUAAAUUCACUUUACCACUAUAAUCUCAGCACAAGGUCUACUUACUGGAACAUUUCUGGAAAUUAUAAAAUGAACCACAAUGAGCAGAGAUGUUGUGUCUUUGUCUGAUAUGCCUUGCCAGAUAUUCUCUAAAAACAGAAAAUGCAGAUUUGUUAAGUUGAACAAAUAAUACAAAGCAACAGAGGAUACACACAUAAUAUAGUGCUGUGUUAGACAUUUCUUUAGACAAAUUUUAAAGGACUACGCUGGCUUACUUGGGUAGUUAUUUGGUAUCUGAGAGGACUGAUUACAUGAUCAUUAUCUCUGUCUACUAUAGAUACUAUAUCUGUUCAUUGUGCAUGUUCAAUAUCCGCAGACAUUAGGCAAUAUACUAAAUGAAACAUGGUGUUCUAGGCAGCUGAGACUCAUAGUGUAUUUAAUAUAAUGUAAAUAAAUGUUCGCAUUUUACUGUUGAAACAAAACCCAAACUGCAUCAACUGUUAAAGAAUGUUGCGGGCAGGUAACUGCAUGUAGUUUUCGUCUGUGAUUUGCGUCCUUGAUUUGUUUGAUGGGGCUUAUCUGCCCUAUUUCUUUUGUUUCACAUAUUCCUGCCCUACUGUGCUGUGAUUGACUAGUACAAAUCCAUCCCCACUGGCGCUGUACUAACCUUAACCAUGUCCGACCUUGACGCAUCGAUGUGACAGAUACUAGCCAAUCAUAGCACAGUAGUAUUAGCCAAUUACAGCACAGAAUGGCAGGACUGGAGAAAAAAAUGUGUGUCUAUAUGAAGUCAUAGACUGUAAAAAAAUGGAUGUAGCUACUAUGACAUUAC